GCCAGGCCCAGCACUGCCCACGGGCUGGGCGAAGGCGCCAGCAGUUUCCAGCAGACCCUCUGCGUGCUGACUCCUGCCACAACUCUCCUGGCUUCCUGGCUUCCUGGCACCUGUCUGCAAAGUCUUUACAGCGAAAGCUGUGUUCCAUGAUGAGAACUGGAGGUGGGGAGUCCUCACUCGGAGCCCAGAGUACAGUCCUGCAGCCUGAGAACUCUGGCUCUUGUUGUCUCCUCCCUCACCCGCUCCUGGCCAGGAUGGACGUCAGAAAGGACCUCCUACCCUUCGACAGCCACAGGACCCUCCACAUAUGGAUCAUUGAGAACCUGGAGCUGGUGCCAGUACCGGAGAAGGCUUACGGAAACUUCUUCAAAGAACACUGCUACAUUGUCCUCCAUGUCCCCCAAAGCCUGAAGGCCAAGCAGAGGGCUCCCUAUGACCUGCACUAUUGGGUCGGGAAGGAGGCGGGCGAGGAGGUGGAGAUCGCCGCGGGUACCUUUGGGCGACACCUGCAGGGGGCGCUGGAGGAGGCCACCGUGCAGCACCGGGAAGUCCAGGGGCAUGAAUCUGAGUGUUUCCGCAGCUACUUCCGCCAGGGAAUCAUCUACCGGAGGCGAGGCCUGCAUUCCGCCCUGAAACAUGUGGAGACCAAUGUGUACAACAUUCAGCGACUGCUGCACAUCAGAGGGAGGAAGCACGUGUCUGCCACCGAGGUGCAGCUCUCCUGGAACAGCUUUAAUAAGAGUGACGUCUUCCUGCUGGACCUGGGCAAGGUGAUGAUCCAGUGGAAUGGGCCCAACACCAGCAUCACCGAGAAGGCACGGGGACUGGCCCUGACCUGCAGCCUGCGGGACAGGGAGCGAGGUGGUCGUGCACAGAUAGGAGUGGUGGAUGAUGAGCGCGAGGCCCCUGACCUCAUGCAGAUCAUGGAAGCUGUGCUGGGCCGCAGAGUGGCCAACCUGCAGGUGGCCGUACCCAACGAGUGCAUCAGCCAGCUGCAGAAGGCCAAUGUCCGCCUCUACCAUGUCUACGAGAAGGGCAAGGACCUGGUGGUCCAGGAGUUGGCAACCCGCCCGCUGACCCAAGACCUGCUGCAGGAGGAGGACUGCUACUUCCUGGACCAGGGUGGUUUCAAGAUCUACGUGUGGCAGGGGCGCAUGUCCAACCUCCAAGAGAAAAAGGCUGCCUUCAGCUGGGCUCUGGGCUUCAUGCAGGCCAAGGGCUACCCGCCCCACACUACGGUGGAAGUGAUGAGCGACGGCGCCGAGUCAGCCUCCUUCAAGCAGCUCUUUCAGACAUGGACAGAGAGACUCGGGAAUGCCCCCAGCUGGACAGGUGCCCCGAAUCUGGUAAAGCCGGACUUGGGCAAGCUGCACAGCCAGCCUGAGCUAGCGGCCCAGCUCAGGAUGGCGGAUGAUGGCUCCGGGAAGGUGGAGAUAUGGUGCAUCCAGGACUCGUGCAGGCAGCCAGUGGCCCCCAAGCAUCACGCACAGUUGUGCUCAGGCAACUGCUACCUCGUGCUCUACACCUACCAGAGGAUGGGCCGUGUCCAGUACCUCCUGUACCUGUGGCAGGGCCACCAGGCCACCGUGCAGGCGAUCAAGGCCAUGGAUGACCACGCUGAGGAGCUGGACUCCAUGCACCACAGAGCCCUGGUGCUGGUGCACGUCACCAUGGGCAGGGAGCCCCCUCACCUUCUCUGCAUCCUCAAGGGCCAGCUGGUCGUCUUCCAGGACCACACCAGGCAGUGCGGGGCGGCGCUGUCAGCUGCCACGAGGCUGUUCCAUGUGCAGGGCACCGACAGCUACAACAGCAGCACCAUGGAGGUGCCAGCCCGCGCCACGGCCCUCCGCUCCAGUGACAUCUUCUUGCUGGUCACGUCUGGCAUCUGCUACCUCUGGUUUGGGAAGGGCUGCAGCGGAGACCAGCGUGAGGUGGCGCGGGUGGUGGCCUCGACCAUCUCCAGGAAGAACAAGGAAAUGGUGCUGGAGGGUCAGGAGCCCCCCCAUUUCUGGGAGGUCCUGGGAGGCUGGGCUCCCUACCCCAGCAAGAGGCUCCGGGGCGACACCUUCGACGUCCAGCCGCGACUGUUCGAGUGCUCCAGCAAGGCGGGCAGCCUGGUCCUCACGGAAGUGGUGUUUUUUAGCCAAGAGGACCUGGACAAGUAUGACAUCAUGUUACUGGACACCUGGCAGGAGAUCUUCCUGUGGCUUGGGGAAGCGACCAGUGAGUGGAAGAAGGAGGCGGUGGCCUGGGGCCGGGAGUACCUGAAGACUCACCCAGCAGGGAGGAGCCUGGCCACACCCAUCGUGCUGGUCAAGCAGGGCCACGAGCCCCCCACCUUCACUGGAUGGUUCCUCACUUGGAACCCCUACAAGUGGACUAACAGCCCGUCCUAUGAGGAGGUGGUGGAGGGCAGCCUGGGAGCCAUAUCUACCAUUUCUCAGAUCACAGCAGAAGUCAACAAAUUCCACCUGUCCAGAUGGCCAAGGAAUGACAGGGCAGGCUCCUUGGGCCUGCAGGCCUUCAAGAGCUCCCAGGACAGCUUAGAGAGUGAGCUGGAGCUGGGCCCCCAGGCGCGUGGCAGCACCAGCAGCAGCCACAGCAGCAGCAGCUACGCCAGCAGCCCCAGAGCCACCCUCAAUGGGGGUCUGCGCCCCGAACAACUCAUGCACCUGGCUGCCAAGGACCUGCCAGAGGGCGUGGACCCUGCCCACAAGGAGUCCUACCUCUCAGACCCCGACUUCCAAGAUAUCUUCGGGAAGUCCAAGAAGGAAUUCUACAGCAUGGCCAAGUGGAGGCAGCAGCAGGAGAAAAAGCAGCUCGGCUUCUUCUGAAGGCAGGCCCCCCCUGGCCACACUCCCCAAGGGUCCCUCCCCCACACUGAAGCCCUGGGGAGACCCUCGCUGUGACCCUCUUGGGUUCUCCCUCCCAACUUGUCAGUAAAAUCUUG